AUGUGGAUAUUCGGUUACGGGUCGCUGAUGUGGUACACCGAUUUUCCGUACGAGGCGGUGCAGGGUGGUAUCCCUGGAAGAACGGUGACGUUGAUUCCAUCGGAAAAGGGUAGCUGCUGGGGUUUAGCCUACAAAGUUCCGGAGGACAAAGUAAAGGAAACAAUCGAAUAUCUGGAUCACCGGGAAAAAGCUGGAUAUUCAAUUGCUGAUGUUGAUUUUUAUCCGGACUCCGGGGAAGCGCCUUUCAAGGUUUCUGUAUAUAUUUCCCCGCAAAAUGAUAACGAAUUCCAUGCGGGACCCACCGAGAUUGAGGACGUUGCUGUUCAGAUAAUGGAAUGCCACGGGCCUUCCGGGCCCAAUCUGGAGUAUGCGUUGAGAGUUGCGCAUGUACUACACGAAAAGGCUCCACACUUCGUUGACGAGCAUGUUUUUGAGCUGGAAAAGUUGUUGCUGAAGAAGGCUCGAGGUUCCGGAACCGGGAUUCAGAUCCUUGAAAAGCUCGGGUACGUGCUCGAGGAGGACAACACGAUCACGGAGCACGACCAUCUCCAAAUGGGAUUCUCGUAUUUGCGCAUUUCCCAAUUCUCAAAGCAAAUAUUUGGAUUGCCUGCUUGUUCGGAUCGAUUUUACGUCGACGAUUUCCUUGUGAAAAACAAGGGUAUCUUGUUGAACCUCAUCGAGAAGGCAUUGACAAAGAAAAUGGGAGCGGGAAAUGAGGUCGAAUCGUCGCCGCGAAGCACGCGCAGCCGGUCCCAGUCUGUUCCGAGAAAGAUCUCGGAACGAUCCCCAUCCAGAAGUCCACCUCGUAGGAGGAAGGACCGAAGACGGUCGCGCACGAGGAGCCGCACCAGGUCGAGAAGCCGUACCUACUCGCCUCUUCCGCGCGGGCGUGGAGAACGUGAAUAUUACAGCGGCCGGGAUUAUGGACGUCAGCGAUACAGAGACGGCCGCGAUCGCCCGGAGCCCAAUCGAUGCAUCGGAAUUUUCGGAAUGAGCUUGAACACUAAUGAGAGGGACUUGGAGAACAUCUUUUCGGAGUUUGGCACCAUUGAUCAGGUGCUUAUUGUCAAAAACAGAGACACCGGCCGUUCCCGCGGGUUUGGAUUCAUUUAUUUCACCAGGACCAAGUAUGCGAUGAAGGCUAGAGAUGAAAUGGCUGAUGCCACAAUUGACGGCAUGAAAGUUCGGGUGGAUUUUUCUGUAACUGAAAAGAAUGGCGGAGGUGGAGGAGGGAGGAGAUAC